GUCGAUUUUUGUCUGUGUUGCAAAAAAGGUUGUAGAGAAAAGAAACGGGAAAUUUUCGAAGUGGUUCCAUUUUCGCGUAUCGGGCGGACAAAUCGCAGCAAUUUACCGUCGAGACGUUGCUAAAAAUCCGCGGAAACGUAGUGCGAACGGUUUGAUGUGUGGCACGGUUGGAUUACGGUGUUUUCCAGUGGAUAAAUUGCGAAAGAAUCUACGGCAGCUAGAGCUAAAGUGAAGAAGUUAUGGGCAGAAUAGCCCUGAGAGAGAGAAACAGAGAAGCCAACCAAGGAGUAAUAAUUGAAAAGUGAAUAGGUAGAAGAUACAGGCUCUCGGAACGAACGAGUGUGUGAGAAAGUGUUGUAAUGCAUCUAGUGAAAUUUGUUUUUCCUCAUCAUCGUCAUCAACAACAUCAACGUCGUCAUUGCCCUGCAGUCGGAGUCCCCGAGUUGGUCUGCUGUUUUGGUCAGCGGAAAAAAUAGACGUCCUACGUGGUUCCAUUAUUGCGUGGUGCUGACGCUAGAACAUACACAGCAUAGCAUAGAGGAGACCCCACAGGAAGAAGGUGCUUCCGGAAUCAAUCGUUGCGACCGAGCAGUUCGUGGCCAGCAUCGGCUGGGGGCUCUAGGGUAGAGGAUGAUCGUACAGGAACCAGUGCAGGCUGCAAUAUGGCACUGCCUGAACCACUACGACUAUCAGGAUGCGAUCUUCCUGGCGGAACGACUGUGUGCCGAAGUGGAGUCCGAGGAGAGUUUAUUCCUAUUAGCGACCUGUUACUACCGGGCCGGCCAGAAGCAUCAGGCCCACUGGCUACUGUCGUCCAAAAGUGUUCGCUCGACGCAGUGUCGGUUUCUCCUCUCCAAGUGUGCCUUCGAUCUGAAGCAAUACUCAGAAGCGGAGCACACGUUGAUCAAUGAUGAUCAUCUUAGGGUACGGCACAUGGACGAGGUGGCCAAAGAGUUCGGUGACAUCGGUUGUUUCGCUUUGGAGCUGAUAUCCAAGAUCUGCCAGAAGACUGAACGAGCAAAUCUGGCAAACGAUGCCAGUAGAAAGGCCGUCAAGUUGAAUCCCUUCCUGUGGCAAUCUUUUGCCGAUCUGUGCAACCGAGGGGAGAAACCGGAUCCGAACAGUGUGUUCCAGUUAACCAGCACCGAUGUGUUUGCAACUAGUCAAGCCACGAAUCCGGCAAUGAACUCGUCGAUGGUGUGGUUCGGAAAUGGAACUGGGGGAGGGACAGGUGGUGGUGGAGGAGGAGGAACGUUUAUUGCAUCGGAUAGUAUAGAGCAGCACUUGGUCAGCACACCAGAUCAGGUUUCACAGUGUCUAAUACAAAAUAUAAUCAACACACCAAAUAAUCCUCCGCAGCAACAAGCACAGGGUCAAAAUAUUAGCAGUUUAGCAAAUAUGAGAAUGGGAGGAGGUAAUCUGAAUUCUAGUGGGGUAGUGCCUGAAGAUCAGACGCCCAACGUGGGUGGAGAUGUUGGAACGCCCUUCCGGAAGCAGCAGUUCAAAUACCUGGCUGCGAUGAGUCCCUCAACUCCCAGCUUUGGAGUCCUACCAAUUAUGAACAGCCCAAUUUUACACGACCAGUCUGCGUUAAUAAUGACACCUUCACCACAGCAGCUUUCCUCGGCUACGGGAUAUCAGCAGCAAAGCCAGCAACAACAGAUAUCAGUACAGCAACAGGUCGGUCAGCAACAGCAGCAAAUCAUCGCCGAAAGCGAUCAGCAAAAGAUGGCUUUGUCGAGUAGUAAUAAGAAGAUGCGAGGACAUCACAAUUUAGGCACGAUGGGGAUCAUAAUCAAUCGCAAGAGUGAUACCACGGCAUCUCCCAUGCUCCUGCAACAACAGAGCACGAACACAAAGCCAAAUGUGUUUAGUCAGACAGGAAACCAAAUGACGACGCCGCGGACACCGAACACAACUGGGGCUCCGAUCUUGACAUCCCAAUACGUUCGCCGAAGUUCCCGCCUUUUCAGUAACAGUAAUUGCUCCGUCAAAGAGAAUACCAAAAGUCCCCAAUUGAACAAUAAGUUUGUGGCCCCUCGGUCGCCACCGCGCAAGUCGAAGCAGCGAAUCUCAAAGAACCUGAACAGCAGUACGGCAAACCUGCUGGAGAAUGUCGAACGGAAGUCUUCCACCGGUGGCGACGGGAAGGAGAAGAUCGAAACCAUCACUUCUAGCGAGACGCUUAGCGAAAAGGUGUUCAUCAACAAUAGCAUAAACAGUGCGCAAAAGAUGGCCCAGCAGGUACUGGCAAUGAAGAAGCAAAGUGCCGAUGGCCUGAUGACGCUGCUGCGGGAACUAGGCCAGGGAUACCUCCGGUUACAGAGCUACGACUGUGAGAAGGCGAUCGAGCAUUUCAGUAACGUUCCACCCCAUCACUACAACAGUAGUUGGGUGCAGAGUAUGAUAGCGUUGGCACAUCACGAGAUGCGGGAGUACGAAUCGGCGGUCAACAUCUUCCGGGAGAUACACGACAAAGAACCGCACCGGUUGCAGUACAUGGAGAUCUACAGUACGGACUUGUGGCACCUGCAGAAGGACGUGGUUCUGUCGGCGCUGGCUCAGGACCUGAUGGCGCAGGACAAGAGCUCACCGAUUACGUGGUGCGUCGCUGGGAAUUGUUUCUCAGCCCACAAGGAACAUGAGACGGCAAUCAAGUUCUUCUUUCGUGCAAUACAGGUGGAUGAGGACUUCGCGUACAGCUAUACUCUGCUAGGUCACGAGCUAGUUAUGACCGAGGAGCUCGAAAAGGCCCUCUCGAUGUACCGGUAUGCUCUCCUGCGGGACUCGCGGCACUAUAAUGCCUGGUUCGGCAUCGGGACCAUCUACAGCAAGCAGGAGCGGUACGAACUGGCGGAGCUGCACUACCGCAAGGCGUUGACGAUCAAUCCGAAGAACUCGGUGAUUAUGGUUCACAUUGGCGCCAUGCAGUUCUUCCUAAGGAAGUCAGAACAGGCUUUGCGAACGCUGAAUGCCGCCAUUGCACUGGAUCCGAAGAACCCGCUGUGCAAGUUCCACCGGGGAUCGAUGUAUUUCUCGAUGGGUCGAUAUCAGGAGGCGUUGAAUCAGCUGGAAGAGUUGAAGCAGAUCGUGCCAAAGGAAGCGGUAGUAUACUACGUAAUGGGCAAGAUCUACAAGAAGCUUGGAAACGUAGAUCUUGCACUGAUGCACCUGAGCUGGGCGACUGAUUUGGGUUCGAAGGGGGCAAACAAUCAGAUUAAGGAUAAUUUCGAUUCCAUCAUGCGAACGCAGGACGGCGGAUCAGGCACGUUAGGAGCGACGAGGUCGGGCGCUGCCGGGACGACGGGAUCAACCACCGAAGGAACGGACGGAGGUGGAUUGGAAGGAGUCGGCCUUGGCGAAGCGGACAUUGGCAGCAGCAGUGCGGAUCCGGACUAUUCGGUCGGCGGGGAGCAGGCCUCUAGCGACGACUCAACGGCCAAUGCACGGAACGAAUCGCUGGACGUUUUCAGUGGAAACCUGUACGAUAGUGAUAGUUACUAGAACAAACCUUGGAUCGCCUUUUGGUUCGUUUCGUUAGUCCACUUUUAGGCCCUUCGAAGUCGAUAUAGCUCUAUGUGUGUUUUGUAUUAUAGGUCGUCUGCCGAUAUGUUCCAGGCUCUUACUUUAUAAUUUAGUGCUUGUUGUGGCAAAAAAAUUGAAGAUCCUAGCCGGUGUUGGCUCUGGAUCUGGUACUGUACUAGCAAAUGAACUCCUCCUCCCCGUAUAAAUAUAAUCUUCCCUUCAGAGUCCAACAGUGUAUAGAGUAAUUGUAACAAAAUAACACAAUACAAUUGAACAACCGAACAAAAGUCCGCUCCAAACCCACCAACUCACGAAUCACAGUCGCAAUAGACCAAAAGUAUAGAUUGCGAGGGAAUUCUUUCAAGUAAAAUUGUUUGGUUGUCUGAAGUCUUGUUCCGCAUUUGAAGUAGAAUCGCAACCUCCAAUAAUUCGUGGGAUACGAACCUUGGUAGAGAGCCGGACGUAGUGUCGUCGUCAUAGCCGCGCGAUAAAUCUUACUUUACGAGGAAAAGGAGCGUCACAAGCGAUGCACACACAUACAUACUAAAUUGACUGACUGACUGGUUGAUAGUUAGUAAAUCAAAGAAAGAAAAACGGAAAUGGAAUGGAACGAUGGAGUCGUAAGCUCUGACUGAUCUGGGCAGAGGAAUGUUUGAGUGUGUUUGAAAGGAAGAAAAAAAAAAUACGCAGAUAGGAUGGUUAUAAAACAAAUUAAAUGGAAAUAAAUAGGCCGUUUGUAUGAAUUAUUUAAA